AUGGGAAUAAUAUGUUGUUCAAAUUAGGAUAUAAGUAGGUAAAAGAUCGAAGGAGAAGUUGAAUUAGUACCAACAGAUGAGAUAUCUUUAGAUGAAACAAAGAUUAUGAAAAUUUAAACAAGUGUUAGUCGUAAUGAUAUAAAUAUAUUUAAGGUUAUUUGGAUAAACCAAACAAUUUAGAUAAACAGGUUGAAGUUACUAUUUAAAAAAAUAAUUUGGAACCUAAUAUUCAUUAAUAAAUUGUCUCAGUUAAAGAAAUGAUACCAAAUGAUGCAGAAAAUAUAGAGUGGCCUUAAAAUUUAGUUUUAAAAGUAAAAAAUAAAUUAAAUGAAUUGCCGCCUCUUUAAUAAAACAGUUAUCCUUGUUAUUUAAUGAAUGAUGGAUGCUAUUACUAAGGAUAAUUUUAAUAGCUUUAAAAAGCAGGAUUUGGUAGGUAAAUAAAUAUUGAUGGGUCUUUAUAUGAAGGAGGAUUUAAGGGAAAUUAAAAGUCAGGAAAAGGAAGACAAAUAAAUUGUGAUGGAAGUUUGUAAUUAAUAGAUUAUAGCUAGAUUUGAAGGAAAUUUUGAAGAGGAUGAAUUUUAAGGAUACGGAGAGUUUUAAGAUUUAAAUGGAUUAAUGUAUAAAGGUGAAUGGAUGUAAUCAUUAUAUCAUGGUGAAGGUCAUGAAAUUAAUAAAUAAUUCGAAUAUAAAGGUGGAUAUAAAUUUGGAUAUAAAGAAGGAUAUGGAGAAAUGUAAUAUUAAGAUAGAAGCAAAUAUAUGGGUGAAUUUAAGAAAGAUAAAUUUGAAGGGUUUGGUAUCUUAGAGUAUGAAAAUGGAAGAAAAGUAUUAAAAAUAUCAAUUUAGUAUGAAGGAUGGUGGUUAAAUAAUUAAAUGCAUGGAAAAGGUACAUUUAUAUGGCCUGAUGGACGUGAGUAUUCUGGGAAUGUAAUAUUUAAAAUAGCAAUGAAUUUUAGUAUAAUUAUGACAAGAAGGAUGGAUUUGGGGUAUUUAGAUUUAAAAAUGGAAGCAGUUAUAGAGGAAUGUGGAAAUAAGGAAAACAACAUGGUCAUGGAAUGAUGGUAUCUGAGCUUGGAGAUUAAAAAUAAGGUGAAUGGAUUGAAGGGAGGAGGAUAAAAUGGAUAUGA